UUCAUAAUUCAUUCAAACUUCACCAGUUGACAUGAACGCUCGGCAAUUUAUGAAAGGACAAAUUCAAUGGCUAUUGCUGUUUGUGGCUGUAUGCUAUGCUGGUCAACUUGAGGACGGUGAACGAUUGCUGGUUGUGGUGCCAGAAAGUAGUCCAGCUGCAUUUCAGUCACUGAAAACCCAGCACCCACAAUAUGUAACAAAUCGAACGUGCAAUGCACAUCGUCUGUAUGCAUUGGACACGCAUACACACUACGACCACUUUGCGAAGGAACGAUGUGGACGCUAUGUUAGUCACUUGAUAAUACGUCGCAGUGUUAUCCGAUAUAUUCCAUCAAAUUUCUUCAUUCACAAAACCUCGUUCGAGUAUUUGAUCACAUUGCGAAUGGAGAAUGUUUCGCUGAGAGCAAUUUAUCCGCAUAAUUUUGAGAAUAUUACACACUUGGAGGUGCUUCAAAUGGCUCACAAUCAAAUCGAGCAUGUAUCAGCCGGCAUUUUUCGUCAUUUAUCCGCUGUGCACACCGUUGAUCUAUCAUACAAUCAAAUCGAAUCCAUUGACACUGACGCCUUUCGUGACUGCAUCACAUUGCAACACCUGCAACUCAACAACAAUCGGCUAACAACGCUGGAGGCGGACUGGUUGCGCGGUUUAAUUAAUGUGAAAUACUUAGAUUUUAGCGAUAAUUUAAUCGAAAGUGAUUUUGAUGGUGAUAUUUUGUACGGUGCCAGUGGAGUGAAAUUGUUUUUGCGAAGCAAUCGCAUCAAACGGGUACUGAGUUUUGGCCGAAAAUCCGAUCGUGCCAUAUUCCGUUUGAUCGAUUUGUCUGGCAAUACGCUGCGACCACCAUAUCCAAUUAUACCGCUAGGCAAUGAUAAUAUGAGUGUAAUUUAUUAAGAGUUUUGACAAAAUCAAUUCGACAGCAAUUUUAUUUAGCCAAAAACCAAAAACCAAAGAAAAAAAAACUCAUCAAAAUGAACAAACAUUUUCAAUGGGACCAUACAGCCAAUGUAAAUACAUUGAUGUCAGCGUAUGAACUUUCUUCUAAAACUUUACAAAUGAAGCAUGAGAAUAAAGCGUGGCGCCACUAUCGUUUCCAAAUAUAUCAUUGAAAUCAAUGGAAUACAUUAGAGUUCAAAAGCACGGCAACAGCUGGCGCCUCUACGAAUCCCAUACGCAACCCACUUCCCAAAUGAGUCUAGAUUGAACAUUUUAUUUUUAUUGGUUUUAGUGUUAUUUUUUUUUCGCAUUUGCAUAAGGUAUUUUGAAAAUAACGAACCUAGAGUAAUAAGUAUACAGUUUUAUUAUAUAUGCUUACCAUCAUUUGACGUAUCGAUGAUGACUGUGUUGAUAUAUGGCAAAUUGGCACUGAUCAAACCAAUACUCAAUAAAAUCAAACUGAGCAUUUUAUUCGUUU